AUGGACGAGUAUCAAAAUCAAAAUCCUACAUUAGGCAUGUCUGAACUGGUUGAUGAUAAAGGAGCCUUAGAAAUAGCUGAUAUUUAUAUGGUGCAUCAAGAAUGUGACAUUUAUAUUCAACACAAGAUAGCUGAGCCAGUUUAUUCUAACUUGCUUAUAGAAGCAUGGCCUUAUUUGGAACCUGAUAAUGUUGUAGAAGAAAAUGUUGAGGAAGAUGUUAAUGGAGUGGGUGAUAAUGUUGUGGCUGAAAAUGUUGAUGAAGAUGUUAAUGGAGUGGGUGGUAAUGUUGUAGAAGACAAUGUUGAGGAAGAUGUUAAUGGAGUGGGUGAUAAUGUUGUGGCUGACAAUGUUGAGGAAGAUGUUAAUGGAGUGGGUGAUAAUGUUGUGGCAGACAAUGUUGAUGAAGAUGUUAAUGGAGUGGGUGGUGAGGUGCCUGAUGAAAUCAGUAGUGCAUAUGACAGUGAUGAUGAGAAUUAUGGAAGUUAA